AUAGAUCUGAAUUUCAGUCUCGUUUUUGCCGCGUCGGUCUAAAGGCGGACGAACGGGCGUUUUGUAUUGCAUUUUUGUGAUGCGAGUAGCCGGUGGUGGCUCGUAGUACUUCAUCUGAGCAACAUUGCGUCUGGAGAGGCCGGCUUUUUGUGCGACCACAUGUCGUCUUGAGGAGUGUUCAUACUCGCUACUGCAGGCCAGUGCACGCGCGAAUCGCCUAGUGCGAGAGAGACAGAGCGAUCCAUCACGUGUGGAUUACCCAUAACUAUAAUAACUUAUAUAGCACACUAAAAUAUUGAGCACAAAAAAUCUGGUAAUUUGGAUCCUAGUAACGACGGCCGGCAUUCAUAAUUUUACCGCAGGGUCAAGAGCACGGCUCGGCGUUUUUUUUCAAUCGCCCGGCAUUUUUUAAAUGUUUAUUUGCAAGGAGCACGUGGAUUUUUUGAGUAAUUUUGGCGAUAAAGCCUUGGACUGUUGCCUUUUGGACGUGUUGUGACAUUAGUGUUACCUUUAUUAUGUGAUAUAUUUUUAGUGACAUUAUAGAUAGGAACAAACUGUGAUUUAUUAUGGUGAUAUAAGUUGGUGAUUGUGAAGAUUUUUGGAUAGCGACAGCCCAAUGAAAACGAAAGAUCUCGAAACAAUUCCAUGACAUUAAUAUCAAAGGAAACAUAAGAGACGUAUUUUUAUAAGUGCCAAAAGCGAGACGGAUUUUACAAAUUAGAUAGAUAAAAAUUAUAGUAGCAAAGAUGAUGGAAGGAAGGACAAUUGAUUAUAGGCCGGAUGGGGGUGGUCUAGACUAUCACAAUUCGCCAUUGAUGGCUGAAAUACCAGUAGACAAUUAUUCCCAUAUACAUAGAAGUAUAGAACACUUAAGGUCCAUAGGAGUACCUCCGCCUUUAGACCACCAUAGGCAUUUAGCAACUAAUCUAGCGGAUUUGAGAAGAUAUGAGCAUCCAGAUGAGAUGCCGGAAAUCAAACCGUCCGUGCUUAGACUUUCUGAGUUUAAAAGUGGUUUACAAGAACUGAGGGCGCAGCAUGAUCAGGAGAAUGAAGCUCAAAGACAGAUGACGCCGCAUGACGAUGGACCCAAAGGAUACAGUGCUCCAUCAACACCGCUGUCAGAAAACGGAGGCCAGUCAAUACAGGAGGAAAAGGUUUUCGGAUCGAAAGCGGACCUCCAGCUGCACACUCAAAUCCACCUGCGCGAGGCGAAGCCCUACCGCUGCACGCAGUGUCCGAAAGCCUUCGCCAACUCCUCGUACCUGGCGCAACACUCUCGCAUUCACUUAGGCAUCAAGCCCUACCGCUGCGAGAUCUGCCAGAGGAAGUUCACUCAGCUGUCGCACCUCCAACAGCAUAUUCGAACACACACCGGAGACAAACCCUAUCGCUGCACCCAAAUCGGUUGUACCAAAGCCUUCUCUCAACUUUCCAACCUCCAAAGCCAUAGCCGGUGCCACCAAACCGACAAACCCUUCAAAUGCAACUCUUGCUAUAAAUGUUUCACCCACGAAAAAGACCUCCUCGAACACAUCCCUAAGCAUAAAGAAUCGAAGCAUUUGAAGACUCAUAUAUGCCAGUAUUGUGGCAAGAGUUACACGCAAGAGACGUACUUAAGUAAACACAUGAAUAAGCAUGCGGAGAGAGCUGAUAAGCGGCCACCGAUAUCCGCUUUAGGAUUGAGUGGAUUGAACAGAUCCCUGGGAGCUGCUGCUCCCACUGCCGCUCCUUUCGGUGACCAUCCGUAUUGGCCUAAGGUCAGCCCUGACUCUGCGGCGCACAUGUCUGAUGAAGGUGGUUACCACCAGCAAAGAGAGAGCGACGAGCACCAUGAACAGCAAUUGCAGCAACAGCGGGCUCUGUUUGCUCAGCACGAGAGCCAGGACGAUCGAAUCCAACCGCCUGUGUCGUCCGCCGCGAAUUCGGCAUUUACACCGAUCAAUUCGAUGGCUCCACACCUCAAUGGGCUCUCGCACCAUAGUGCCCUGCCCACGCGGCCGUAUCUUUACGAUCCCCUACACUUCCAGCAAGGCAAGCAGCAGCCUAACUCCUUCCCCAACCAGCUGAUAUCCCUGCAUCAGAUCAGGAACUACGCUCACCAACCCUCGGCACUGCUGCCCGCGGAACACAUCCUCCCCCAUGCGUUAUCGCACAAGGAUAAGCAGUAACUUACCGUAGGUACACUCAGUAUAGUAUGUACUUAUGAUGGUAUUACUAGUUGUAUAAUUAACGAAAUAUUAAAAUUAUAUAUAUUAGAAUCUCGCUCUCGAUGACAGUGGUAUUACGGUUUUAUUGUUAGAAAAACAAAUUCAUGUUUUUAGAGAUAAAAUUGUAUGGAUACUCGAAAUUUUGUGAAGUAGAUAACAAAAUUUGAUGGGUAUGAAUGUGAUUUCGGAUUUAUUUUCCAUUUAUAUACUGAUUUUAUUGAUUAGUUUUUUGUUUACGGUUGUUUCUUAACCCAGUUGAUCCGAGGGUUUGAUCGUCAAUUAUAGUUCGCAGCAAAAAUCAUACUUUACACUGCUGAAUUGGUUUGGAGAAAAAAAGACUUGAGAAAUUACGAUUCGUAUUGAAUUGAAUUUUUAUAUUUGUGAUAGUAUUUGAUGUGUAUGUAAAAUUUUAUCUAAAAGUAUAUCUAUUGUUUAAAAUUUUAUACUUUCGAUUUUUGUUCGUUUAUUUUCGUUCAAAUUAUUUCAGCAUGGCAAUAUUUAUCGAUCAAACAUUCGUAACAACUCGGAUGCAUAAUAAUUUUCACUUUGUAAAAAGAAAACUAAUCUUUGAACAAGAACAAAAUAUUCAGAAAUAUCUUUAUUCUUGUU